CUUGCCUUCUCCGUUGCUCUAUCUCCAGUGGUCUAGUAGAAACUUCCGGCGAAAAUCUCUUCUCAGCUACUUAAGGCAAACAAGGGAGAGGUAAAGAGAGGAAGAGAAAGGGAGAGACACAGGAACAGAUGGGUGUGGAUUACUAUAAGGUUUUACAGGUAGACCGAAACGCCAAAGAAGAUGACCUGAAGAAAGCGUAUCGAAAGCUUGCCAUGAAAUGGCAUCCAGACAAGAACCCCAAGAACAAGAAAGAAGCGGAAGCCAAAUUCAAGCAAAUUUCUGAAGCUUACGAUGUUUUGAGCGACCCACAAAAGCGAGUAGUCUACGAUCAGUAUGGUGAAGAAGGACUCAAGGGUCAGGUUCCAACGCCUGGUGCUGGUGGGUUCUAUGGUAUGCCCGAUGCCGGUGGCGGUGGGCCAACGAUGUUCCGUUUCAAUCCAAGGAGCGCCGACGAUAUCUUCUCCGAGUUCUUUGGGUUCUCAGGCACCUUUGGAGGGAUGGGAGACAUGGGUGGCCGUGGUGGUGUCCCUACUUUCCCGAGGAGCGUAUUUGCGGAAGAUGUCUUCUCGCAGUUUAGGGGUGGAGGUGGUGAGGCUUCGGGUUAUGCUGUUCCCCGUAAGGCUGCCCCUAUCGAACGGACCCUCCCUUGUAGUUUGGAAGACUUGUACAAGGGAACCACUAAGAAGAUGAAGAUUUCGAGGGAUGUCACUGAUUCUAGUGGGAGACCCUCAACAGUAGAGGAGAUUCUGACAAUAGAGAUCAAACCGGGCUGGAAGAAAGGGACAAAGAUCACUUUCCCAGAGAAGGGCAACGAGCAGCGAGGUCUGAUCCCUUCAGAUCUGGUCUUCAUCAUUGAUGAGAAGCCUCACAGUGUCUUCAAGAGGGAUGGUAAUGAUCUGAUUGUCACACAGAAGAUCCCUCUUGUGGAAGCUCUGACUGGAUACACAGUACAGUUGACAACUCUGGAUGGACGGAAUUUGACUAUCCCCGUCAAUUCCAUUAUCAGUCCUAGCUACGAAGAAGUUGUUAAGGGGGAGGGGAUGCCAAUUCCCAAGGAACCUUCUAAGAGAGGGAACUUGAGAAUCAAGUUCAACAUCAAGUUCCCGAGCAGGCUUACGCAAGAUCAGAAGACAGGUAUCAAGCGGUUGCUGACAUCGUAAUGAAUGAUGGUAGUAUCUCUCUACCAAUAUCGUGUAAGUUACUCGUGCAUUUCUCUUCUUUUCGCUGGCUCCUUCAGGAAUGGAAAUUUAGGUAGUCUUGGUAGAUUUUGUGGGAGCAGCCAAUUGAGGAGUUGAAUUAGUAUAUGACCGUGUUUCUCCUUUUGAACUCUUUGUUCAGUUUCUG